GGAGAUUUUAUACGCUUUGUUCUAUGAGAUAAUCUAAGAGGGGUAUGCACGUCCCAAGGAUUCCGGAUAGCAAGGACCCUCAAAGAAAGGCCAUCAUUGCUAUAGGUUUUUGUUCCGACAAGCUGUUGACCUGGGGAAUGCUAUUUACGCGCACAGGAAGAGAUGUCAGCUGAUCAAUCGAAGGAAAUGUUUGAUGCUAGCAGAAUAAUUGUUGUCAGUUAUAAAAAAACGUGUAUCUGAUUUCAGUAUAUCGUUUCUCUAGUUUCUUAAUAGCUUGUAUUCUGGUACUUCAACAUAGAAAAAUGAUGUCGAGCGUUGCCUUCAAGCUGCUCUCUCUUGUUGGUUUGUUAUUGAUGUCAAUACAGACGACGGAUGCGAAGAAUUCAGAGGAUAUCCGGUGUAAAUGUACCUGCCCACCAUACAGAGACAUCGAUGGACAGAUCUACAAACAAAAUGUAUCUCUAAAGGAUUGUAACUGCCUUCAUGUUGUGGAGCCAAUGCCAGUUGAUGGAAAGGAUGUAGAGGCUUACUGUCUGCGUUGUGAAUGCAAAUAUGAGGAGAGGAGUUCUGGAACUAUCAAGGUCACUAUCAUAAUCUACCUGUCCAUCCUGGGCCUGCUGUUCCUCUACAUGGUGUACCUGACCCUGCUGGAGCCCAUGCUGAAGAGGAGGCUCUUUGGACACUCACAGCUUCAGAAUGAUGAUGAUGUUGGGGACCAGCAGCCUUUCGCCAACGCCCACAACGUAUUGUCUCAUUCGGCCUCUCGCCCCAACAUGCUGAACAAAGUGGAACACGCUCAGCAGCGCUGGCGGAGGCAGGUCCAGGAACAGAGGAAGUCUGUUUUUGACCGCCACGUGGUGCUCAGCUAAACCCAUCCCCAGGAAACAAAAACCUGGGGUGAAGCAAACAAUGUUACUGUGACUGGGUGUUCCCUCUUCUUUUUUUGUCUAUUUUGUCUGAUUCUUUCCCGAACUUCCGAGCUUCAUCCUUAUUGGUGUUUUGAUCCUCAACUGGACCUGUAUUUCAUGAAAUGUGAUCAUAUAGCUCUAUGUAUUCAGGAGGUGAUCGUAAAGGGUCUCUGCAUGAGUAGGUUGAAGUGGGGCGUUGCAUUUGAGACCUUUGGCUUAAGAUAAUGCUAGUGUCUGUAUGACUUUGUAUACUUUCUGAUUUAAUAAUACUAAUAGAAAGUUAGAUGUUAGUUUGUUGCCCCCCAAUGGAUGAUACGUGCCAUUUUGCACAAGCUGAUGAUGAUAUUUGGCUUCUGAUAAAGUAGAAACAAUGGGUGACAGUGCACUCUUUUACAGUAAUAUUGUUAGCUUCUGAUAACAGUAAUGUUGGCCAAGUCACCAAUGAAAUUAGGUGAGACAUUUGAGGGUAGAGUAAAUAACAACAAAAAAAAUAUCAUACCAAAAUUAAUCACUCAAACUAAUGAAAACAUCUACAAUAAAUGUAACAUCUGCUACCUAAACAACAGAAGAUGGGAAUGAGUUGGAAACAGUAAAAAUGUGUAACAUCA